CCCUAAUUUCUUGGGUCUCAAGUCCGCGCAGUGUAAUAAUAAUAAUAUGCAUCUAAGCAAUGGUGACUUAAACAGUAGGUGCAGCCACCGCAUACCACAUUUAACCCUUAUUACGACCUAAUAAAUACUAGUAUACCAAAUAUUGGUUUACCAAGCAACAAAGCGCGAAAAUAUUCUCCAAUCCUUCAACUGAAAACAAAAUAUAGAAAUCUUAGAAAGUGUAUAAACCAUUGCCUCGAGAACUGAUUCUCUAACAAUGGCAUUGGCAAGGAUUGCUAGGAGCAAUCUGAGAAAAUCAGGGGGUGCUUUUAGAAGUUAUGCCCACGAAAACAAUAUGUUCAAUGAGAGAACAUAUACAACCAAAUGCUCCUUACUUUCCAAUUUAGAUUCCAAACUAGAUGGAAACUUUUCGCAAAUUUCGCGAAGUAAGGAACAGAACUACAUGAAUUUUUCAAUGAGGGGGAUAGCAGGAACUCCAUACAAUCAGCAUGCUUCUGCUAACGCACAAAGAGUUGAAGAGGAAUCUGAGUCAGAGUUAGAAGAUGAUCAGAUAAGAUAUGCAGGACUAGAGGCAACGAAGCCAGGUGAAAAGCCUCGAGUGGUUGUUCUUGGUACUGGUUGGGCUGCUUGUAGGUUCCUUAAAGGACUAGAUACAAAGAUUUAUGAUGUUGUGUGUAUAUCGCCAAGGAAUCAUAUGGUUUUCACUCCUUUGUUGGCUUCAACAUGUGUUGGUACACUUGAAUUCAGGUCUGUUGCUGAGCCUGUUGGAAGAAUACAAGAUGCAGUAGCAAAGGAUCCUAACUCCUAUUUCUUUCUAGCUUCUUGCACUGGCAUUGACACAAACAAACAUGAAGUUUACUGUGAGGUAGUUCCCAAUGGUGGACUGUCUAGAGAGCCUUACCAAUUUAAAGUUGCAUAUGACAAGCUUGUAAUUGCAGCUGGAGCUGAACCUUUAACUUUUGGUAUCAAGGGAGUAAAGGAACAUGCUUUUUUUCUUCGUGAAGUGAAUCAUGCUCAAGAAAUUAGAAAGAGGCUUCUCCUUAAUCUGAUGCUUUCUGAAAAUCCAGGCACAUCAGAAGAAGAAAAGAAACGCCUCUUACACUGUGUGGUUAUUGGAGGUGGCCCUACAGGAGUGGAAUUUAGUGGUGAAUUGAGUGAUUUCAUCAUGAAUGAUGUUUGUGAGCGAUAUACUCACGUUAAAGAUUACAUUCAUGUCACACUCAUUGAGGCAAAUGAGAUACUGUCAUCCUUUGAUGUUAGCCUAAGGCAAUAUGCAAUCAAGCACUUAACUAAGUCUGGAGUUCAUCUUUUGAGGGGUGUUGUGAAGGAGGUGCAUCCCCAAAAGUUAAUUUUGAGUGAUGGAACUGAAGUUCCUUAUGGUCUCUUGGUAUGGUCCACAGGGGUUGGUCCCUCUGAGUUUGUCAAAAAACUGAAUUUUCCAAGCUCACCUGGUGGAAGAAUUGGUGUUGAUCAAUGGAUGCGUGUUCCCUCUGUGGAAGAUGUCUUUGCCCUUGGUGAUUGUGCGGGUUUUCUUGAACAAACUGGAAGGCCUGUGCUUCCAGCAUUAGCUCAGGUUGCUGAAAGGCAAGGGAAGUUCCUUGUGGAGUUGUUCAACAAAAUUGGGAAACAGAAUGGUGGAAAGGCUUUAUCUGCAAAUGCCAUCCAACUUGGUGACCCUUUUGUGUAUAAACAUCUAGGAAGCAUGGCAUCAGUAGGUGGCUAUAAGGCACUUGUAGAUCUACGACAGUCCAAGGAUGCAAAGGGGUUGUCACUUGCUGGUUUUUUGAGCUGGCUGAUAUGGCGUUCUGCAUACCUUACACGUGUGUUGAGCUGGAGGAACAGGUUUUACGUGGCAGUAAACUGGGGAACCACUUUUGUCUUCGGCAGAGACAACACCAGGAUAUAGGUUGAUUUUUAGUUGCAGCAAAGUUACAAAACCCAUCCACUUUGUUAACUCAUUAUUUUGGUUGAUUGAUCAGCCUAUGUAUUCUUUUGUUCUUUUUCUGAAUUUUCACCUUAAAACAUAAACUAUAUCAUAUCAUAGUAUAAAAAAGUUGGAUCGACAAUUUGUUCUUCCUAUUUUCUGAAUUCAUUGUAUAGAACAGGAAGAAAUAAAGGGUAGACACUAGAAGCCAAGUGAUUGAAGGUGUUUUGUUAACACAGCAUUUUCUUUCCAACAAUGGAGAUAAUAUAUUUAGAUAUUUUAUAUUCCA